AUCACCCAGGCAAACCAGACAACACUUCACUUGGGAGUCAGCCUAGUUGAGCUCAAGCUAGCCUGAUCGAUCUCCUUCAUCUUCUUCUCCUCAUCAUCACAACAAGGUUGUCAACUCAGCUCAGCCUCAGCCUCAGCCUCAGCUAGCUACUAUAUAUCUGCCACCACACUGCAGCUCUAGUGUCUGCAUAGCUUUUUGCUCUGUGCUAGUCUUGGUGGUGGUGGUUUCUGUGUGAGAACACCAUCGGAGAGACAGAAAGAUCGCCAUGCCGCCUCAGGAGUUGCAUGGUGAUGAUGAGCACCAGACAGCCGCAGGUGGCGGUGGCGGCGGCGGCGGCGACCACCACCUCGUCAUCGACUUCAGUGAUCCCCCUUCGACUACUUCUUCUUCUUCUUCGCCGCCGUCGUCGUCGUCUUCUUCGACCAAUUGCUCCACCGCCGCCGCGUCUCCGGCCGUCGCGGCCGGCGCCGUCGUCCAUCCCACCGCCGCCGCCGGCCGCCGCCUCCGCCCCGCCGUAAACUCCUUCCUCCUUGUCCUCAAGUUCGAGGAGGUGGUGUACAAGGUGAAGCUCGGCAAGCCGGCGGCGGGAUGGUGCGCGAGGGUGUCGUCCGCGAUCGGUCGUGGUGGGGAAGGGAGGAAGAAGAAGGGUGCGGCGGCGGCGGUGACGAGGGAGAAGACGAUCAUUAGUGGGAUGUCCGGGGUGGUGCGGCCGGGGGAGAUGCUGGCGAUGCUCGGCCCGUCGGGGAGCGGGAAGACGACGCUGCUGACGGCGCUUGGCGGGCGGCACGGCGGCGGCGGGAGCGGGAUGCUGUCCGGGAAGAUCACCUACAACGGGCAGCCGUUCUCCGGCGCGGUGAAGCGGCGCACCGGGUUCGUGACCCAGCACGACGUGCUGUACCCGCACCUGACCGUGGCCGAGACGCUCUGGUACACGGCGCUGCUCCGCCUCCCGCGCGCGCUCGGCGCCGGCGAGAAGCGCGCCCAGGCGGAGGAGGUGAUGCUGGAGCUCGGGCUCGGCAAGGUGGCGCACAGCAUGAUCGGCGGCGUCCGCGGCGUGCGCGGGCUGUCCGGCGGCGAGCGCAAGCGCGUCAGCAUCGGCCUCGAGAUGCUCGUCGACCCCAGCCUGCUCCUCCUCGACGAGCCCACCUCCGGCCUCGACUCCACCACCGCCGCCAGGAUCGUCGGCACGCUCCGCCGCAUGGCCGCCGACGGCGGCCGCACCGUGGUGGUCACCAUCCACCAGCCGUCGUCCAGGCUCUACCACAUGUUCGACAAGGUCCUCCUCCUCUCCUCCGACGGCUGCCCCAUCUACUACGGCCGCGCCGCCGACGCGCUCUCCUACUUCGCCUCCGUCGGCUUCGCCUCGCCGCUCUCCCUCAACCCCGCCGACCUCAUGCUCGACCUCGCCAACGGUAUCGCGCCGCAGAUCGGGGCCGGCGAUGGAGAAGUUGGUGGAGGGGCGGCGGCGAAUGGCGGCGGGAGUGAGGCGGAGCUGAAGGAGGUGAGGGGGAAGCUGGCGGCGGCGUACGAGCGGCACAUUGCGCCGGCGGUGAAGCUGGACAUCUGCGCGCGGGAAGGAGGAGGAGUGGGGCAGGGCGGCGCGGCGGCGGCGGCGGCGAGGAGGCGUGGGAAAGCGGCGGCGGAGUGGACGACGGGGUGGUGGACGCAGUUCACGGUGCUGCUCCGGCGGGGGAUGAAGGAGCGGCGGUACGAGUCGUUCAACAAGCUGAGGAUCUUCCAGGUGCUGAGCGUGGCGAGCCUGGCCGGGCUGCUGUGGUGGCGGACGCCGGCGGCGCACCUGCAGGACCGGACGGCGCUCAUCUUCUUCUUCUCCGUCUUCUGGGGCUUCUUCCCGCUCUACAACGCCGUGUUCACCUUCCCGCUGGAGCGCCCCAUGCUGCUCAAGGAGCGCUCGUCGGGGAUGUACCGCCUCUCCUCCUACUUCGCCGCGCGCACCGCCGCCGACCUCCCCAUGGAGCUCGCCCUCCCCACCGCCUUCGUCGUCAUCCUCUACUGGAUGGGCGGCCUCGACCCGCGCCCUGGCGCCUUCCUCCUCUCCCUCCUCGUCGUCCUCUACAGCGUCCUCGUCGCGCAGAGCCUCGGCCUCGCCAUCGGCGCCGUGCUCAUGGACGUCAAGCAGGGCACCACCCUCGCCUCCGUCAUCACAAUGGUCUUCCUCAUCGCCGGCGGCUACUACGUCCAGCACAUCCCGCCCUUCGUCGGCUGGCUCCGCUGGCUCAACUACAGCUUCUACUGCUACCGCCUCCUCAUCGGCAUCCAGUUCGGCGACGGCGGCGCCCACUACGACUGCGGCGGCGGCGCACGCUGCCUCGUCGCCGAUUUCCCGGCCAUCAAGGCCGUCGGCCUCAACAACCACUGGGUCGACGUCUGCGUCAUGGCGCUCCUCCUCGUCGGCUACCGCGUCAUCGCCUACAUCGCCUUGGACCGCCUCAAGCCGAGGUGAACCUGAACCACCUCGCCGUCGCCAUCGCCAGCGGCAUCAACCAUGGCCAAUCCACAUUAGUAGAACCAAUCCAAGUUAUCCAACUAGCUAGAGCUGCUGAUCCAUCCAAGUCAAGAACAAAACGGGUCAAUUAAUUAACCUGGAAAUUAAGUUCAUUUCUUCUUAAUUUCUUGGAUGGAUGGAUGCUGCACCCUGAGAGAGAGAGAGACAGAGAGAGAUAAUUAUAGCUUAAUCGAGUGAUUAAUUAAUUAAAACUACGAGGAGACGAUGACCUGUUCCAUCCUGUAAUAACUAGUAGGGAGUUGGAACCCUGUACAAUACAAGGAGAAUACAAUACAAACCUGCAGCUGCAGCUUAGCUCUGA